CAGGGAGCCAGCGAGCAGAGAUGGGGCCAAAGUCCAACUCUGGAUUCUACCUCAGUAAGAAGGCGGCUGUGCUUUUCGCUUUCCUCGGCUUGGCGUUGCUGGUGAUUUUGACCGUCUUUGUAGUUCUUUACGCCAAGCUGAGGGCUGAGAGAACCCAAGAGGUCACCCCAGCCACCCGGGAACCCCCCAGCGUCAGCAGCUCCAUGCAGCCGGGAGCUGAGCGCCUGGGACCAUGGAAUCACACCCGCUUACCGAGCAACCUGCAGCCCACCCACUACCAGCUGGAGCUGUGGCCAAAGCAGGUGCAAGCCGGCAAGGACCAGCUGUACGUUUUAAUCGGCCAGGUUAAUGUGACAGUAAUGUGUCUAGAGGAGACCGAGGUGUUCCUGAUUCACAGCCGAAACCUCAAUUACUCCGGCUUGAGUCUCACUGCAGGCGCCCACUCUCCUCAGUUGGACCCUCGGCCCGUUCCCAAUAUCCAAGAGAUCUGGCUUGAAGUUAACAACGACUACCUGGUGAUCGAACUGGAUGGGAAGCUAGUGCCGGGACAGCAGUACAUUCUCCAAAGCAAUUACAGCGGGCAGCUGGGCGAGAAGCUAAAGGGACUCUUCAUCAUUCACGACCCGGAAAAUGAGCACCAAAAACCUAUCAUUGCAUCAUUGUUGGAACCAACAUUUGCCCGGUCAGUUUUCCCAUGUUUUGAUGAACCCGCUAUGAAGGCAACUUUUGACAUCAGGCUUGUGAACCGCCCCGAGUUUGUAGCAAUUUCUAAUAUGCCAGCAAUUGAUGUUUCUGAAAGACUGGACGAGGAUGGUAAAUGGAAAGUUACAACAUUUAACACCACUGUGAAGAUGUCUACCUAUACAAUUGCUUUUGUUAUUUUUGACUAUGAUUACGUUAGCACAACUUAUAAUGACAUAGAGAUUCGUGUGUGGGCAAAUAAAACAGCCAUAUCAAAUGGGGAAGCUGAAUAUGCAUUAAAUAUUACAGGCCCAAUACUCGCAUACUUUGAAAACUAUUAUGAUGUGAAUUAUCCCCUCCCCAAAAUAGAUAUUGUAGCAUUACCUCUCUAUGGACCAGAGGCCAUGGAAAAUUGGGGUCUGCUGCUAUUCAGGAAGAGCUCAUUGUUGUUUGAUCCAAAGAAGGAAUUCUUUAAAAAAUUAGCCAUAACAGCAGUAAUUGCGCAUGAACUGGCACAUCAGUGGUUCGGAAACCUUGCCACAAUAAGGUGGUGGAAUAAUCUAUGGCUUAAUGAAGGAUUUGCAUCAUACUUUGAAAAUCUUGAAUUUUCCUCUGAAGACCAUGUGAAAAAAUGGAAACUUAGAUACCCAAUUCAUUUGAAAUACUUCGUGUUCCAAAGUGAGGAGAAUAUUUUUUCACAUUCACUGUCUAUGAAGAAAGAAGAUAUUGAAACAUUUGACGAAAUCAUGGAAAUGUUUAGCGACACCACAUACAUUAAGGGGGCCUCUGUUAUUGAUAUGAUCUCCCACUUUAUGACAGAGGAGCUGUUUGCAAAAGGGCUUACAUCAUACCUCAAGGCCUUUUCCUAUUCAAAUGCUGAGGCGGAUGACGUGUGGAAUCAUUUGCAGAUGGCAAUAGAUAGUCAGGAUGUUAUUAAACUGCCAACAUCAAUAAAAUCCAUCAUGGACACAUGGACAUUGCAGGAAGGAUUACCUAUUAUAACAGUUAAUACAACAAGUGGCACUGUAAGGCAAGACUACUUCGGGAAAUCAAAGGAAAACAGAAAUUCAAACUACUCAUGGUUUAUUCCUAUUUUCUGGAUGAAGAAUGGAUCAAUGCAGCCACUUAUCUGGUUUGAUGGUGAUUCUAAAACAUACCCUGAGAUAAAACGUACCACAGAUGAAGAAUGGAUUCUGCUAAAUAUUAAUGUUUCCACUCUCUGUAGAAUUGUCUAUGAUGAUUCAAAUUGGCAGCAGCUAAUUCUACAGCUAAACAAAGAUCCAACAGUUAUUCCAAGUUCAAACAGAAUGCAACUAAUCUGUGAUGCAUUUGACCUAGAAAAGAUUGGAAAUAUUAACAUCAGAACUGCCCUCAGUACAACUACUUAUCUCGCUAAGGAACAGGAUAAUGAUGUAUGGUAUGCAGCUUUUCAUUACUUCAGCAGACUUGAAAAAGUAAUAAGGACCACCUAUACAUUUGGGCUUUACAAGAAAUACAUUUUCAGUCGAAUUGUUCCAUUUUAUUAUCAUCAAAUGAAAUUGAUGAAUGAAGAUUUCAAUAAUAUUCAUAAUAGCAGAGUUGAAAAAACAAUAUUCCUCAAAACUCUUAAUAAACUGUAUCUACUUGAUCUAAAGGACUUGAUGGAUCGAGCAACAGAUCUUUAUUCACAACUGAUGAGUAAUCCAGCUAACAAUACAAUUCCAAGUUAUGCUAGACGCCAUAUUUACUGCGAGGCCAUUAAAGCUGGCAGUGAAAAAGAAUGGAACUUUGCAUGGUCACUUUACCAGAAUUCAUCACAAGAUGAUGAAGUAUUACUGUUUGCUAUGGGAUGUAGUCGAGAACCAUGGAUUCUAUCCAGAUAUUUACACUAUACUCUGGAUGAGUUAGUAGUCUCUGAGAAGCAUUCAUAUACAGUUUAUCAGUCGGUGGCAGAAAAUCCAAUUGGUUGGGCUUUAGCGUGGAACUUCUUAAGAGCAAACUGGAAUAGUAUUAAUACUAACUCUACUCAUCACAUUGAACUGAUGACUUUACUUGAUACAGUUAGUGAAGGGCUCCUAACUGAUUUUGGAUUACAAGAGUUUGAACUAUUCCUGAACAGUACCAUUGAUGAAGAAGACUGGGCAUAUGCCGUUCAACGGCUCAUCACUGACUCACGGGAUCUUUUGAACUGGAAUAAAAAAAUUCAUACUGAAGUUCACAAUUGGUUAAGCGAACACAUACCUGCAAACUGA